AUGGCUGAAGAUUUCUCGGUGCUUGUGUUAGCUUCUGAUCUAGGAAUUGAUGCUCGAUCGCUCUUAACGAGAAGCGAUGAGAUUGAUGAGGAAGAGAACUGGCAAGAUUGUGCUCAGUACCUCGGAGACGAAGAUUUCUCCGAUCUCGACCUUCUCCAGUUCUUCACCCUCCAGGGCUUGGAUAAGUCCGGUAACCGGAUUUUCCGCAUCGUCGGAAAGUACUUUCCUGCUCGUGUGGUGAGUGCGGAGCGGCUGAAGAAGUAUAUAUUCCAGAAGAUAAUCAACGAAUGUCCCGAGGGACCGUACUCCUUGGUUUACAUGCAUAGCACAGUGCAAAAGGACGAUAACUCGCCGGGCAUUACAAUCUUAAGAUGGAUCUACGAGGAUCUUCCUUCAGAUAUCAAAGAUAGACUUCAAGUUGUUUACUUCGUCCACCCUGGUCUUCGUUCAAGACUUGUCAUCGCCACUCUCGGCCGCCUUCUUCUUAGUGGAGGAUUGUACUGGAAGAUCAAGUAUGUGAGCCGGUUGCAGUACCUUUGGGAUGAAAUAAAGAAAGGCGAGGUGGAGAUUCCGGACUUUGUGAAGAACCACGACAAUGUGCUCGAGCAUAGACCGUUGACAGACUAUGGAAUCGAACCGGAUCCUUUCCAGUUGACCGAGGUUCAAUCUUCAUCGUUCUCGCUUAACCGGUACGAGAGCAGAUGGGUCUCGUAG